AUGAAGGCACAUUGGAUAGAGGCCCAUCAGUAUCGUGUACAGCAAAGCCGUGGUCGUCCCACACCCAGACAGGAAAAAGCCAUCCAGGCCGCCAUUAACGCCAAUAGCCGAGCCGUUGCGUGUCAGCGUAUAUUCAGCCAAGGCCCCGGUUCACAUUAUAUUCAUAUUGUGCAGCCCAAUCCCAAUGAGCCCCCCAUAGACCCCGUGGAAGACCCCGACCGGAUUCACCAGUUAGUGCAAAUGGUUGAGGAGUAUCAGCAGCAAGAUCAACAGGCCCAUGAAACCAUCAUCCAGGCCGGGGAGUUAGAUGAAGCCACGCCAUGGUUGAAUCGGACGGGGUGGGUUCGGUAUUUACAAGGGACCCCCCGGCAGCCAUUAUUCGAGAGUACCCAGCGCCCCGAGGAGGAUGCCGAGGGACCAGAGCGUAUCGCAUUGGUCAUUUGGGAGGCCAUGGAGCGAUUGGCAUCGGUGAGCCAGGAGAUCGCCAAGGCGUGCGGGCAUUUAGUACGCAUUGAUGUGGUCCGUACGAUGAAGGACGAGAGUCCACAUAAGCCAUUAUUGGCAUAUUUAGAUGCCACCGCCAUUCAAAAGCAUGUGGCACCGUGGCAGCAGAUUAUGAUGUUUUUUGCACGAACCCAGAUUGAACAUGAUUGGGAAUCACCCAAGUAUUCAUUUACCCCCCGACAGCAGCAGUUAUGGGAUGCCGUGUGGCGCCAUGCCCAGGCCCAGGCCAGUUGUCCCGACCCCGAGGAUGAUGAGCCCGAGCCAUUCGAGAUUCGUCCCAUCGAGCAUGCAUUAUUAACGUUUUGCAUCGAUUUAUUACGCCAGAAGAUCCGCAACGAUGAAUAUGGAUGUGCCAUGAUUUGUGCCACCGCCGUGAUUGGAUGCGGGCAGUUUGGUUGGGCCACGCCCGAGAAUUUCCCCCCCCCGGAUAUCCAGUUUGAUCAAGAUCGCGCGGUUUUUUAUUUUGCACAAAGCAUUGCGGUUAGACCCCCGGUCAUCGGAGAUCCGUCGUGGGUUCGCCGGGCAGCAGAACCCGCCAUGGUUUGA